AUGCACAAGUUGUCCACCAAGGUCCCAAAUAGGUUACUCAGGGAUGAAGCUUUCAAGAAGGAAUUCAGUGCAUGCGUUUGGUCUGAUCUGCUUGAGCCUGAGGAAUUUGAAGCUGAUUGGAAAAGAGUUGUGCAAAGUCAUGGGUUGGAAGACUUUGACUGGUUUAACUCAUUGUACGAGCACAGGCAUUUCUGGAUACCGGCUUAUUUUAGAGAUUUUCCGCUGGGUUCGAUGAUUAGGACAACAUCCAUUUCUGAAUCCGAGAACAGUUUCUACAAAAGAUUUUUGAAGCCCCGUGCGAACAUAGCCGAGUUCUACAUGAAUUUCAACCAUGCUGUUGAGUUUCAGCGUAACAGUAGGACGGCGUUAGACUACCACGAUGCCACUGUUUUGCCCAUUUUGGCCACUACCUUGCCGUUUGAGAAACAUGCUUCGACGCUUUACACCGAUACGAUGUUCAGGAAAAUACAGGAAGAAAUCGUUGAGGGUAAUGAUAGAUGUCGCGUGCUAGGAUUUUCUUUAACUGAAUCUGUUGACACAUACAAGCUUGGGGAUAGCAAUCGCAAAUCGAACAAUGAGUUGAAGAAAAUACCAGACAAAUACUGCCAAAGUAGAUGGAUGAAGACUCCGCUAGCCAAGGCGGUCCAUGGUGAAAUUCAUGAUGACAUUCCUGCCAGGGCUGUUGUUGACGAUAGGCAAGCAGUAUCAAAGCAAGGCAUUUCUAUGUUCUAUGGUUUCCUCCGGCGGUUUGAGGAAGACAUUGAAUUGCUACGGGCAUUUGUAGGCGGCGUUGAAGACCUUGGUAAAUCUCUACAAGCUGGGAAUCCGACAACGUCAGCAACUGGAAAAAGGCGCAUGAUUGAAGAGUUCUAUGGCAUGGCUCGGCCUGAAGUUGUGGAGGUUCAUCCUCCAGAUGUUGUCAAGACCAAGGGGCAUGCUAGCAGCUCAAAGAGCCGACUGAUUUCAAAAAGGGAAAAGGCUCUAAAGGAUGCUAGUCGGCCUCUAAGACGGUGA